AGUUCCUUCUCUUUCGCUAUUCAGCCCUCCGAGUCAAGUAAGUUCCCCCUUCCUUCUCUUUUUUCUUUCCCGGCCAUGUCUUCGUUUAGCGAUAGGAUCUCGUCCUCAGAGGACUGCUCCUCUGAGGAUUCCAACUCAUCUUCCUCGACCGGGUCUUCUUCUCCUGAAUCCACGCCCGGUCAGGUUCCCAACUCCUCCAUUCCCGACCCGCAUCCUGUAAAUCAGGUGCCCGGUGAAACCUUCGUGGGGAGGGAUGACCCGGUCGAUGACGAACCGGGCCCCUACGACCCUGGACACGAAACCCGGGAUGCGUGGGAGGAGCGGCUUCAUGCUGCCGGUUACUUUCCGCUUCCCACUUUCUACGUCCUUGACAUACCUUCCCGUGUAUCUAAAAUUGCCUUAAACAAAAUCCGUAGGAGGCUCCCGGAUGGGUAUACCCUCCUCUACGAACCUAACUGGCCCAAUAUCGUUGAACCCCACCGGGAGGAUAGGAUAGGGUUCCAUACCGUUUCCCUGAAUGCGGGCAUAGUUUUUCCCCUUCGCCCCCUCCUAACGAAAUCCUACCGGGCGGAGCUGGCUACGAAGGCUUUGUAUUCUUCAAAGCCCGCACCGGUAGGAAGUUCAUUUCCGAAGUCCCCCAGAGUAACCGGGGAUGGAAGGAAAACUUCUCUUGCAGAUAUGGAGUUUGAGGAGUUCGCCAUCCCUGACGACCAACCAGCCGGGGAGACCGGGGGCUCCCAAGCCAAUCCUGCCAGGACUUUCCCGGUCAAUCCAGAGACCGUGGUAAUCCUGGAUGAAGACGAGCCCCAAGACAAUCGGUCUAAGGGGAAGGAGAAGGAAAAGGCCGGUCGCCGGGUGAAGAAGGUGGCCACCACGCACCCUUCCUAUGCCAAGAAGAGGGCAAGGUCAGAUCCUGAGCCGGCCGGCCAGACCAUUGAAGAAGCCUUCAUUAAUCUGGGGCUGAGGCUGAAGGAGGCGGGGGAGAUUGGGCCGCAAACAGUGGACCGGUUGGGGAUGAGUUCCCCUUCUGAAGUCGACCGGCUGAAGAAGGAGAAAGAAGAGAUGGCACUCAUCCUGAGGAGCCAGGCUGAUGAGCUGAUCCGGCUGUCUGGGCUGGCCGGGGCAAUGAAGACCGAGAUCUUCCAACUGAAGGAGGAGAAUGGCCGGCUCCUGGAUGAAGUCGCUGAAGCCAAGCGGGAAGUAUCGGAGAAGGAAGAAACCUUCCCCGGGCGCGCAGCUGCCUGGGUGGAAGAGAAUAAGGCUGAAGCUGCCCGGGUGAUGACGGCGACUCCAGAGACGACGAUGGAGUCCUUCAGGCUUCUGUACCGGGAGCCUGAAGGAAAGAAGAUGAUUACCGCGAUUGGAUCCUUCGGAUUCAAGAGCGGUCAAAAGAAGGACAUGAUCGCUUCUCACCGGGUACUGCUCAGAAGAGAUCCAAACUUCAGCGCUGCAUCCUAUGGCCUGGCUCCCAUCCCGGAAGAAGAGCCUACUCCCCCUUUCCCCCUAGAUUAAGAACUCCCCGGCCUUGACCGGUUGCUUUUGUAGAACUUUAAACCUUAUCAAUUUCCCCGGAUAUGCCCGGUGUAUCUGUAAACAUUUGACAUUUCCUGCCUUAAAUGCCAUGUUUAUUUUCCUACCCGGUUAAUCUUCCAUAUCUACUUGUUUGUUGAUUUAUACUUCGCUCUUGCUUCUUAGAAUACCCUCAUAGAAAUUCUGAACGGUACAUAAAUCAGGCCACUUCUC